UACAAUUCAUUGCCAGUGUUGUGUAAAUAACUAAAAAAAUAGCAAUCAACUACAAACUACUUCCAUAAACUUGUAUUCAGAUUAAUUUAUUAAUUACUUAAAGGGAAAAAGUAAUAAAAAUAGGAUACUAUUUUGAUACUACUUUAAUUUCUAUAUUAAUUUUCAUAGAAAAUGUUUGGUUUUUCCACUCAAUUCAAAAUAAUGUAAAUAUUUCCUCAUUGUACAUUCUCGUUGUCCUUUCAGCUGUCACAGGAACACAAACAGACAUACGAGAAUGUAUAAUGUGUAUGCAUAAUUAUUUUUAUUUUUUUUAAAUGCAUUGUACAUAAAUAAUAUUAUUUAAGAAGAAAUAUACGUAAAUAUGUAAUGGACUAAAAAUUUAAAAUAAAAUAAUAUUGUAUCAGCACUUUUUUCGAACUAGAAAGUAAUUUGAUUACUUUGUAGAAUGUAAUCAGAUUUCACCCAACACUGUUCAAUGCUUAUUCAAAUUAAAGUAGUAAAAUGAAAUGUCCUGCACUUUACUUUCACUCUGAAAUGUAUUACAGUUUCAUCAAGAAAAAGCCAUGCUCAAGAGACCAGACAGAUGCAAUAUUAUACAAUAUUAUUUUCGUGCAAGCAGGAGAGGUCAUCGCCUUAACAAAUCAGACAAAAAGAGAACAUGGAAUUUGUUAUUAUGCAAUAACACAGUCCAGCUGAGGUCCAGACGGCGUCUGGGCGGGGAGCGGUGUUGGUCCGUCCCAGCCAAUGAUCAACGGGUUUUUCCUCUUCCAUUUUCUCUCUCGCUAUUUUUUUUUACUCCUCCGGCAGCUCAGUCUGCCUUAACAACUUGAGUCUAGCAAAAUAACUGUGAGCGCGAGGAUAAUGAUGAUGAUGGAUGCAAUACCGUGUCGUCUCGUGUUUUUAGCCCUGUUCUUUGGAGCCCGGGUCCAACACAUAGAAGCCUUACAAUGCUACUGUCACCGAUGCUCAAACCACACCUGUGCCACAGAUGGUCUGUGCUAUGUGUCCAUCACCAAAUCAGUCAGCGGCACCACGCAACAAAGCUUUUGCAUCAGCGAGAUCGAGCUGAUCCCGCGUGACCGACCCUUCGUCUGUGCACCCUCUACCAAGGAGGACACAGGAAUUUACCCCAUAUGCUGUGACACAGACUUGUGCAACAAGAACCCUGACCUCACAACAUUCCCAGUGCCAACACAGAAGCCUCCAGCGUUGGGGCCCGUGGCCUUUGCAGCCCUGAUCGCAGGUCCUGUGUGUGUGGUGUGCUUCAUGAUGGUCACCAUUUUCUACAUCUGCCAUAGCCGUUCAGUCAUCCACCACCGCGUGCCUAACGAGGAAGAUCCCUCUAUGGACCACCCCUUCAUUACAGUGGGAACCACGCUCAAAGACCUCAUCUAUGACAUGACCACAUCGGGUUCAGGCUCUGGUCUUCCUCUGCUAGUGCAGAGGACCAUAGCCAGAACCAUCAUCCUGCAGGAGAGCAUCGGUAAGGGCCGUUUUGGAGAGGUAUGGCGGGGGAAGUGGAGAGGAGAGGAGGUGGCAGUGAAGAUCUUCUCCUCAAGAGAGGAGCGGUCCUGGUUUCGGGAGGCUGAGAUCUAUCAGACUGUGAUGCUCAGGCAUGAGAACAUCCUCGGCUUUAUCGCCGCUGACAACAAAGACAAUGGGACAUGGACCCAGCUGUGGUUGGUAUCAGACUACCAUGAGCAUGGCUCUCUGUUUGACUACCUGAAUCGGUACACGGUGACGGUGGAGGGCAUGAUCAAGCUGUCUUUGUCCACUGCCAGUGGCUUGGCUCACCUGCAUAUGGAGAUUGUAGGAACACAAGGGAAGCCUGCUAUCGCACACAGGGAUCUGAAAUCAAAGAAUAUUCUAGUCAAGAAGAAUGGCACAUGCUGUAUUGCUGACUUGGGCUUGGCUGUGCGCCACGACUCGGCCACCGAUACCAUCGAUAUUGCACCCAAUCACAGAGUGGGCACCAAAAGGUAUAUGGCCCCAGAGGUGCUUGAUGAUUCAAUAAAUAUGAAGCAUUUUGAGUCUUUCAAGAGGGCAGACAUCUAUGCCAUGGGACUAGUCUUCUGGGAAAUAGCAAGCAGAUGUUCUAUCGGAGGCAUUCAUGAAGACUACCAACUGCCUUACUAUGACCUGGUGCAGUCUGACCCGUCGGUGGAGGAAAUGAGGAGAGUCGUGUGUGAACAGAAAUUACGACCCAACAUUCCAAACAGGUGGCAAAGCUGUGAGGCUCUGCGAGUGAUGGCCAAGAUCAUGCGAGAGUGCUGGUAUGCAAACGGAGCCGCCCGCCUCACUGCUCUACGCAUCAAAAAGACUUUAUCCCAGCUCAGUCAACAAGAGGGUAUUAAAAUGUAGGCCAGCAGGCAAGGAAAGUUGGCUUACCGUUUUGAAAGUCAAACUAUCAUUAUCCUUAAUUGCAUUAUCCUCUGUCCUCAAGAGAGGACACAAGCACUUUGAAUGAAGUUUUGCUUUUAUUUUGCCUUUGUUUUGGUCUUAAAAUUGCUUGUGAACUUUGAGGCUAAGAGAAUGUGAACUCUUGAUUCUAUAACCCAUACCCCACCUUUUGUUGGCACGUCCAUCUGGGCUUGUUGAUAGGUUGGCCCUGCAGAUGAUGGAAUAUCAUUUUUGUAUGGAAGCACAGCACCAGACUCAAACAAUAGCAUGGCAGAUAUUUGCAAGCCUCCUGGGUGUUGGGUUAAACGAAAAAGCUUCCCUGCAAAGAAGUUUUUAUUUUUAUUUUAUAAAUUGUGCUUGGUCAGUUGCUGGGUAGAUUUUAUGUUUUUAGUUUUUUUUUUCUCAUGACGGGAUGACUGUUUGCGGUCAACUUAUUUCUUUGGGAACUUAUUAUUUGCACCUUGUUUUCCUUUUUGCUUAUCACUGCAGUUAUUCAGGUCAGCGUAAUGGAAAUGUUUUCUUUCUUUUCGUUUUCAUUAAUUUUUUUGCUCAAACAAAACUGGACAUGACCUCAUUCAGUCUUGGCAAACAUGCUGUGACAUAUGCAAUAUAGAUAAAUCUUAUCUACUUUAUAUUUUUACUGCUCUGCUGCAACGACUACAAAUUCAACUAUGAUGACAACCAUGCCUUCCAAGCCAGGUGUUACCAGAAAGUGCCACUGCUUUGAACCAACCCUCCCUCAUGGUGUGAGCCGGCCCCUUCGGUCACCAUCGGUCUUAAUGUAUUGACAGUGGAGAGAUUCUUUGUUAGGUUUCUCAUGGGAUGUCUGUUAUGCACAAGGAGCAAAAGGGGCCGCUUCACUUGAAUUUGCUGGUGCCAUUUUUCGUUUUCUGCCUCUUCAUGAUCAUCAUUGAUGCAGCACUGAGGGAUGUAACAACAACAAUCCAGACCUCUUCUCAUUUUACAGCUUCUUUUUUGGACAUUUUGUCAUUUUUGGGGGAAUUGCUGCAUAUUGGGAAACCAAUGACUGACCCAAGUACCCUGACAGUGCUGUGAACGGACACCCACCUUUGUUCUAUCAUUUGAUUGGUAGAAACUGGAAAACUGAUGAGGGUCUGUGGCCAGUAAACUAAGUUACAAAAAGACUAUAUAAGGAUGAAGUAUAGCAAGGAUUAAGUAACUGUCGCUUGAUGCGAAGAAAAUGAAGUGCAGCCCAGGGAUUGGACUGUGGAAAAGUUGGCUUUGAAAAACAAAAACAGUACCAUUUCUGAAAGUUGCGCGAUGAAAACGUAUGACUAAAAUAUUUCUUACAGUCAAGCUUUUGUUCUCAGUUUGCAAAAAUGCUAAGAUACAUUCAUUAUAAAUAUAGCAAAUGAAUAUUUACUAAGCCAUAGGUUUUCCAACAUUUUGUGGCAACUUUUUCUAAUAGAAUGUAAACAAAAAGAGAAUAUUGAAUUCAAGGACUGCUUCAAAACUUUGGAGCAAGCUUUAAGGGACCAAUCGAAAAUGUUGAGGUUGUUUGUGCAUUGUUUAAAAAAAGUCUGUUUGAAUCGACUAUAAUAACACAGUAGGGUCAAUACAGUAUGUAACAGAAUUCAUAAAUGUAGCAAAAGAUCAGCUGUUUAUAUGUCUAAGGAGGUAAACUUGCCACCCAAACAAGCUUGCUGUCUAGUGUUUCACACUUUAUUUUCUCAUGGUAUACAUUUCUGAAUAUACAGUGCUUAAUAUCUCUCUCUCUCUCUCUCUCUCUCUCUCUCUCUCUCUCUCUCUCUCUAUAUAUAUAUUACACAUGUGUUUUUUGGAGCCACUUUAUUUAAAAAAAAAAAUCACUAGUCACUUAUACUAGCUAUACGUUCGUGUCAUACAUCAUUAUAAAGCAGUAAGAGCCCGUCUUUAAAGACACAUGAAUAUUUUCAUUGGUUUGGCCAUUUCUGCGGUUCAAGCAUGUUAAUUGCUAUUGCAAUAGGGUUUUUUCUGCUAUACUAUUCUCAGUGCUGGAGCGAGUAAAGCAUAUGGUAACACUUUACAAUAAGAUUGUAUUUGUUAAAAUUAGAAACUGCUUUAGGUAACAAAUAAACAAUGAACAAUAUUUUCAACAGCGUCUUAAUGUUAAUUUUACGAAAUACAAUUGUCCUUUGUUAUUGUAUGUUAACAUAUACAACUUCUACUAUUUAUAAUGUAUGAAUACAUAUUGAAAUUAAUAUUAACCAAGAUUUAUAAGUGCUUUUAAAAGUAUUUUUCAUCAUUAGUUUAUGUUAACUAAUGUAGUUAACCAGUAUUAACCAUAUACAACCUUAUUGUAAAGUGUGACCAAGUAUACACUAGUACGUAGUAUGGGGAAUGCAGGUAAACUGGACCAUUUUUUUUGACAUUGGUGAUUGUUAAAAAGCGGCCCAAUUGACCUGAAUUCACCCAUACCAGGUAAAAUGAAAUGCAGAUUACUAUUGGAACAUUUACAUAUUCAGAACAGGAUUUCACAUCGAUUUCCUUUAAGAAAAAAAAUAAAUAAAAAAAUAUAUAUAUAUAUAUAUAUAUUUUUUUUUUUU